AUGAGGAGACGUUUAGCCCUGUCAUCAAGUCCACCACCAUUCGUAUCGUUCUUGAUGUCGCUAUUCGUUGUGGCUGAACGAUCCGUCAACUCAAUGUCAACAAUGCUUUUCUUCAAGGCACAUUACAAGAAGAAGUUUAUAUGUCUCAGCCUCCUGGACACCUCUCUCUUCAUCCUUCGUCGUGGUCGCGCCAUUGUCUACAUGCUUGUCUACGUUGAUGAUAUACUGGUCACUGGUAACGACACAUCUCUCUUGAAUUACACUCUUGAUGGUCUCGCAAAACGUUUCUCCGUCAAGGAUCAUGAGGAACUGCAUUACUUCCUUGGUGUUGAAGCGGUCAGAGUUCCCACGGGCUUACAUCUUCUUCAUCAACGGAAAUACAUAUUGGACCUUCUGAGACGCACCAACAUGCUUGAUGCGAAACCAGUUCAAACACCCAUGGUUACGUCACCAAAGCUUACACUCAAGUCUGGUAGUGCUCUACCCGAUCCAACAGAGUAUCGUAGUGUGGUUGGUAGUUUUCAAUAUCUUGCCUUUACACGUCCGGAUAUAUCGUUUGUGGUUAAUCGUCUCUCUCAGUAUAUGCAUUCUCCGACUGAUCUUCAUUGGCAAGCGGCCAAGAGUUUAUUACGUUACCUCAAGGGUACUACAACACAUGGUAUUUUCUUCAAACAGAACAAUCAUCUUUCCUUACAUGCUUACUCUGACGCAGACUGGGCUGGAGACUCGGUUGAUUAUGUCUCUACCAACGGAUAUAUUACUUAUCUUGGUCAUACACCGGUGUCUUGGUCGUCAAAGAAACAGAAAGGGGUCACACGAUCUUCGACAGAGGCAAAGUAUCGGUCUGUCGCUAACACUUCGUCGGAGCUUCGUUGGGUCUGUUCAUUGUUACAAGAGCUUGGCAUCACUUUACCGUCCAUUCCUACCAUUUAUUGUGACAACAUUGGAGCAACAUACCUUUGUACAAACCCAGUUUUUCACUCGCGCAUGAAACAUAUAGCUGUUGACUAUCACUUUGUACGACAACAGGUACAAUCCGGCGUGCUUCGUGUGGUUCAUGUCACUACUAAGGACCAACUGGCUGAUGCUCUAACCAAACCACUUUCCCGUAUUCCAUUCACUACAUUCCUCCGCAAGAUUGGAGUUACGUCAAGCCCCUCCAUCUUAGGGGGCGUAUAG